AUGUGGGACUCAGCAUUGCCGCAGCCGUUUUCACUGGUGUCACCCAUAACUUGGAUUGUGCUUCUCACCUUAACUGUUUCAUCCUUUGUCUUCUGUUACCGGCGCGCUGAACUGAUUAAACAUAUCGAUCGUAUUCCUGGACCAAACGCUCUGCCCUUGCUUGGUAACAGCCUGCAAUGGCUCGUUGAUCGCGAUGAAAUGUUCAAUACGCUCACUGGAGCAAGAAAACUAUACGGACGUCGGCAGGGCUUCAACCGUGUCUGGGCCGGACUGAAACCAUACGUGUUGAUUUCGAAAGCAACGGCUGUAGAGAAAAUUCUCUCUAGUGGAAAGAACAUCGAAAAAGGUCGUGACUAUGAUCUGCUGAAACCAUGGAUCGGCAGCGGACUGUUAACAAGUCACGCGGCUAAAUGGUACCAGCGCAGAAAACUUCUCACACCGUCGUUUCACUUCAAAAUACUGAACAACUUCGUAGAGGUGUUUAACAAGCAGAGCUAUGUGCUAGUUCGUCAACUAGAAAAGCAACUCGGUAACAAAGCUGGCUUUGACUGUACCAUUUAUGCCACGUUAACCUCCCUCGAUAUUAUUUGCGAAACCGCCAUGGGUUUCCCGAUUCACGCACUCGAAAAAUCGGACUCGGAGUACGUAAAAGCCCACGAAAAAAUUGCUGAAAUUAUUCUUGAUCGACUGCAAAAGUUUUGGCUGCGGUCGGACCUCAUCUUUCGCUUUACCAAGAGCUACGCUCAGCAUGAACGGUGCUUGAAAGUAUUACACGACUUUGCAUACAGCAUGAUACGUGAACGCCGUAGUAUGCACCGCCAACAGAAAGAAUCAACUCCACAAGUCUUCAAAGAGGAAAAAUCUGCGUUAGCGUCGAACGGCAACUAUGGUCGCAGGCAACUGGCUUUUCUUGAUCUGCUUCUAGAGCUUUCGGAGGAUGGACAGCAGCUCACCGAUGCGGAUAUACGCGAGGAGGUUGAUACCUUUAUUCUUGGUGGUCAUGACACCACCGCUACGGCACUUGCUUGGAUGCUGUAUCUGCUUGGCACGGAGCCUGCCGUUCAGGAGCGAGUAUAUCAGGAGAUCGUGUCUAUCAUGGGCAACGACCGUUCGCGGUAUCCGACGACAACCGAGCUGGCCGAGAUGCGAUACCUGGAGUGUUGCAUCAAGGAAAGCCUUCGACUUUUUCCCAGCAUUCCGAUACUUUCGCGUACGCUUGUCAGCGGCGUCGACAUUGAAAAUUAUCAUAUACCUGCCGGCACAAAUGCCGUCAUCAUACUUUAUCAAUUGCACCGAGACGCGCAUUACUUUCCCAAUCCGGAAAAGUUUCUGCCGGAGCGGUUCCUACCGGAGAACUCCGGCGAUCGCCAUCCGUACGCCUUUAUUCCUUUCAGUGCCGGGCCGCGCAACUGUAUCGGUCAAAAGUUUGGAGCUCUCGAAGAGAAGGCUGUAUUGUCGGCCGUAAUACGUCACUACCACAUAGAAGCUGUGCAGCGUCGAGAAGAUUUGGUUUUGUAUGGCGAUUUAGUGAUGCGCACCAAGGAUGGUCUCAAAAUACGCCUCAGUCAACGAAAUUAAGACUAGCGUAAAGCACCCUAUCAGGAAUGUUUAUGAUGAAUUUGAGCCGCCCGUCUAUUUUUAUAAGGCGCAAUGGUUCCAGCGAGUGUGUUUCUCACUGCUCGCCGUAACGGCUCAUUCAAAAGUUCUGUUUUGCUUCUCGAUUCCUUCCUGAUG